UUUCGUCACAUCAUUGUGAUUAAUCAAGUUGGCUGGUGGGAGUUCAACUUUUGAAUAGGAUAUAUCUCGAGCUAUGCUGCGUACUUGUAUGACAAUCUGGUCAGGAGGGACAGAGGAAGGAAUUGGAGAAUGCAAAGAGACUAGGAGGAAUGGAAAACUGUUAAGAAGCUUGAAGUCCCAUAUGGCAGCUGUGGUGUGUCUCAACUGGGAGGAGGAUGCCCAAGUGAAUAGAAACGCUUCUGGUAACUCUUUGACAUUUGAAGAUCGCACUACUCAAUUCUUCCCUCCAGCUCCAAGAGUUCGAAUGCCUGGACUAGUACCCAGAGAUGUUGGUUUAACUGACGAUGUUCAAAAUUCAUUUGUAGAGCUCUCAAAUUCUUCAAAGCAGUGUUUCCAUAUCCUUUAUGGUGGAGAUAAAGAUGGGGUUUUGUGCUUCAGUAUAAUUGGUGUCUUUCCAAUUGGAAAUAUUGUAAGCGUCCUGUCUGUUCAAAUCAAAUACUUAGCAAGAUGGUCUAUCAAAUUCAGUCGAUGUGUCCUUUCCUUGUUCUUGCUUCUCAUACAGCAGUUUUUCUUAAUAAAUGGAUUUGAUGGGCGACUAGCAAGAAAUCGCAUUGCCUGGAAAGUAAUGGGCUGGUUAAGUAAACAACUAUACUAG